CUCCCCGCUUCGUACUCCCAGUCAGAAGGGUUAGGCUCGCAUUCCUGCCAGUGUCUGCGGCGAGCGCCGGGCGCAGGAUGCGGGGGACUAGACGGGCAUAAGGUUUGGGGUGCAGGGAAGGAACCCCGACGUUUUGAUGACUGAAGUGAGCCCUGCACCCCACCCAGGGAUGGCUCUCCUCAUGGACGAGGACGAGUAUGACAAGCUGGUCAUGCAGUCGGGCUCAGACUGGCUCCGGUCUGAGAUUAGGAGGCUGUUCAGGGAGCUGGGGGAGACCACCCGGGAGAAGAUCCAGGCGGCCGAGUACGGGCUGGCGGUGCUGGACGAGAAGCAGCAGCUGAAGCAGCAGUAUGACGAGCUGGAGCUGGAGUACGAGACGGUGCGGCAGGAGCUGGAGCAGCUGAAGGAGGCAUUUGGACAAGCACACAGUAACCAUAAAAAAGUGGCGGCGGAUGGAGAAAGCAGAGAGGAAACACUCAUACAAGAAUCGGCAACCAAGGAAGAAUACUACAUGAAAAGGGUCUUAGAACUGCAAACCGAGCUGAAACAAUCCAAGAACGUUGUCGCCAACACACUCUCUGAAAACGAGCGUCUGAAUUCCUUGGCACAGGAGCUGAGAGAGCUGAAUCAGAAUGUGGAGGCCCAAAGAGCUCGUCUGCGCGAUGACAUCAAGGAGUACAAAUUCCGAGAAGCCAGAUUACUCCAAGACUACACCGAGCUGGAGGAGGAGAACAUCUCUCUGCAGAAGCAGGUUUCAGUACUUAAGCAAAAUCAGGUGGAAUUUGAGGGUCUUAAACAUGAAAUCAAAAGACUGGAGGAAGAGACAGAGUUUCUGAAUAGCCAGCUUGAAGAUGCCAUCCGAUUGAAAGAGAUUUCAGAGAGGCAAUUGGAGGAAGCGCUGGAGACCUUGAAGACUGAACGUGAACAGAAGAACAACCUACGCAAGGAGCUGUCCCAUUACAUGAACAUCAAUGACUCAAUGUACAGCAACCACCUAAACUUAUCCCUUGAUGGAUUGAAGUUCAGUGAUGAAAUCACAGAGCCCAACAACGACGAUGUUAUGAAUGGUUUCGAGCAUAAUGGAGUCAUCAAGAUGAAUGCUGAUAACAAAGCGUCCACCCCCAAGAAGAAUGAUCCAGCACCAAGUCUGGUCUCAGACCUACUAAGUGAGCUCAACAUCUCUGAAAUACAGAAACUGAAGCAACAACUGAUGCAGAUGGAAAGAGAAAAGGUUGGUUUGCUGUCUACUCUUCAGGAGUCACAGAAACAGCUGGAGAACACCAAAGGUGCUCUCUCUGAGCAGAAUGACAAGGUCAGCCGGCUCACUGAAAACCUAAAUGCCAUGAAAAAACUUCAUGCCUCCAAAGAACGCCAGUCCUCUCUCGACCAUGAGAAAGAGCGGGAUAGUCACGAGGACGGAGAUUAUUAUGAGGUUGAUAUCAACGGUCCAGAGAUCUUAGAAUGCAAGUACAAAGUAGCUUCGGCGGAAAUACACGACCUCAAAGAUGAACUGAAGAGCGUGAAGACCAAGUAUGAGGAAUGUGAGACAAAAUAUGAAGAGGAGAAGACCAAGUUUGAGAGUGAAACACAGGCCAUGGCAGAAAUCUCCUUGCUGGAGAAGACCACACGGCAAGACAGAGACCAAGUUGUGAGACUUGAGAAAGAGUUGAAGAAAGUGAGUCAUGUGGCUGGAGAAACACAAGGUAGUCUCACUGUGGCUCAGGAUGAGCUGGUUACGUUUAGUGAAGAGCUGGCCAAUUUAUACCACCAUGUGUGUAUGUGCAACAACGCGACUCCCAACAGGGUGAUGCUGGAUUAUUACAAGGAGGGCAAAGGCGGAAGAAACAGUCCUGAAGCUAAAGGUCGUAGGUCACCAAUACUGCUUUCUAAGGGUCUGUUGAACAACGAAAAUGGCCAUAGUGACUCUGGAUCCCCAGUUUCUCCAAUCCCGUCGCCUGUUUCUGAUCCUAGAAAAGAGCCCAUGAACAUUUAUAACCUCAUAGCUAUUAUCCGUGAUCAGAUCAAGCAUUUACAGGCUGCAGUGGACAGGACCACAGAGCUAUCCCGGCAGCAGGUAGCCAGCCAAGAGCUCGGACCAGCAGUUGAUAAAGACAAAGAAGCACUCAUGGAAGACAUCUUGAAGCUGAAGUCUCUUCUGAGCACGAAGAGGGAACAGAUUGCUACACUGAGAACUGUGCUCAAAGCCAACAAACAAACUGCAGAGGUAGCUCUUGCCAACUUGAAGAGCAAGUAUGAGAAUGAAAAAGCCAUGGUGACGGAGACCAUGAUGAAACUGCGCAACGAGCUGAAGGCGCUCAAGGAAGACGCUGCUACGUUCUCCUCCCUCAGAGCCAUGUUUGCCACAAGAUGUGACGAAUAUGUCACACAGCUUGACGAAAUGCAGAGGCAGCUGGCGGCUGCAGAAGAUGAGAAGAAGACUCUGAACUCUCUGCUCCGCAUGGCCAUCCAGCAGAAGCUAGCACUGACACAACGUCUGGAGCACCUGGAACUGGACCACGAGCAGGCCAAGCGCGUGCGCACAAAGUCAACGUCCAAAAACAAAACUAGUAACCCCAGUUUGUAGAAUAGCUCGAGGAGAAGAACUUGCGAUCCAGUGCACUGAGAUUAACCUAACUCCAGUCCGAGUAGCUCUUGACUAUUAGAGCCAAUGGCUCAAAAUUACAUAUAUAUAAGACGGGAAACUACUGCGCCCUCCUUUAAAUCUGAUAUCUUUUACAGUAAGCCUUCCUUCCCAUUCGUUUUCAUGUUUAAUAUCUCUAAAUAUAUUCUCAGAUUCCAAAAAAAAAAAAAGCUUUACUAUAUACCGUAAUAUGCUGCUGGGGAAGAAAACUUACAAGUGCUGAACAAAACGCUACGAUCAGUUAUCCUAUGUUAAGCAUCAGUAAAGUUGGGUAAAGGGUUUUGUUUUUAUUUUUUUUUAUUUUAAUAUUUUACAUCCGAUUGUUUUAAACCUGUGCACUUUUGAUAUUUUAAUAUUUUCUUUUUGUUUUAUGAUAUUUUAUGUAGAAAUGUUCUGAACAUGUAGUGGCGGCAUAAUAUAGCCUCAACAUGGCGGUUUUCCUGGGUAGUAUUAACGCUUGUGCUUGUUGAUUUACGUAUCAGCAUGUUGCAGGGAAUAUACCAAUUUUUUAUUUUAUUUUACGGUUUAUUACACUUGUUGGCGUUAAAUAUAUAUAUAAAUAUAUUUGUUCUGUCUUACUAUGGCUUUUUCACUACAGUUUUUUUGUGUUAUGAUUACUGGUUUUAACUGCCAUGUUCAUAAAAAAAAAAUCCAGGGUCUGAAAAUUCUGGGGUUUUCAUACUAUAUUAUUAUUCUUAGGAAUAGCUUAAUGUAACAAGGAAAAAACUUGACUCUCUUUGGUUAAAACAGUAAUAGGCACUUGAAAAAAGAAUUGCAUUUAAUAAGUAGUAUUACCUAAAAGUGUCAGAAUCUUCUGAUUUUUAGGAAAUCAAGAAUUGCUGAUGAACUGAAUUUUAUACAACUGUUACCAAUUAAAUUCCAAAUUGGAAUUGUUUCUUUUUUUCUUUUUUUUUUCUUUAUUAUCGUGCCAAAUUCUGGUACAUCUAGGAACUUCAAUUCUAAACUUGUCAAAUACCGAGUGUUUCUAAGCCUUUGUUAUGGAUACCAGUAGUGCCUUUUAUGAGACGUCUUAGAUCAGCUUUGAUGGGUAAAAAAAAACAUUUUUACAAAAAUUUUGAGAAAGUGCGGAGCAAUAAAUGCAAAGGACAACAAAAAAAAUCAUCUUGCUUAUUUUUAAGGGAUGAAAGUCUAUAUUUACGGAAAACAAAACAAAAAAAUUGUAAAAAAUUCCGUUGGUCAGUGAUUCUUCUUCAGCGCAGAUCCUUGCUAAUUCAGGGAUUGAGACAAAUAAUGUCGUCUGCAAACCAAAACUAAUAGCUUUGGAAAGAAAAAAAAAAGUGUAUUUUUUUUCACUUUAAUAUAGCAAGAUGUAUUACUGACAUAUUUGUGGUGGCGGUCCGCCAAUCUCUGGGGGGUCACAAGGACUUAUCUGUUACCUGUGUAUGGUGGUGGACAGGCUUCUCAUCCUAUCACUAGCAAAUGUGGGGGAAAACAACGCAUUAAUAUCUGCUCUUGCAUGUCGUAUUUAACUGCUGUCGUUUUCAGGAAACAGAAUCUGCAAGCGGCAUCAACAAGCUCCGCUCGGCGGCUGCUCGUUGAGGCCUGGGGAAAUUUGUUUGUAAUUUGGUACUCGCAAACGAAGGUCAUUUUUGCAAAAUGAUGGAGAAAAUAAAUAAAUAAAAAUAAAACUUUUUGAAAAUUUUAUUGACGUUGUUAAAGAGGUGGAAAAGGUUUCUGUUUGCUGGAAAAACAGUUUGGAUUCUAGAUGUUGGGUUUUCGUAUGCUCAUCUUUUACAGUAUUGAUCUUUAAAAUAUUUCUAGUGCAAAUGAUUUCAUCUGUUAUGUGGGUAUUUAUUUGAAAUGAUUUCAUAAAGUACUGUAUUAUGUUUAUGUGCAUUAUUUUUAGUGGCAAAGUGUUCUUCAGUUACAUGUCAUAUGCACGUACUCUUGCCAAGUAACCUUUACACAGAUCGGAACGUGGAAGCGGUCGCCGUCGCGUAGAUUGGCGCUUCUUAUAUAAAGGUCUGCCUAGUGAAUGAAAAGUGUUAACGACAUUAAUACAAGGUUGUGUGUAGAGAGUUGCCUGUGUAAGGGUAGUCACAUGUAUCAAUAAAGACGAUAAAGUAA